GCAAGUCCGUGGGAGAAAGCGCUGGUUUGGAAAGCAACAGUUCCCAGCGCCGCGUAAAAGACGACCCUCGCCUCCCCGAGUGCUGCAUUGCUUUCCCCGUCUCUGGCGCGCUGGCUCUUCGGUGGGAUUAGAAGCUUCUUGGCAGCAGCCAUGAAUUCAGCCGAGCAAACCGUUACAUGGCUGAUCACCCUGGGGGUGCUGGAGUCGCCCAAAAAAAGCAUCUCCGACCCGGAGGGAUUUUUGCAGGCAUCUCUGAAAGACGGGGUGGUUCUUUGCAGGCUGCUGGAUCGCCUGCUACCGGGCACCAUAGAUAAAGUUUAUCCGGAGCCGCGCACCGAGAGCGAGUGCCUGAGCAACAUCCGAGAGUUUCUUCGGGCAUGCGGCGCCACCCUUCGCCUGGAGACCUUUGAUGCAAAUGAUCUCUACCAAGGACAGAACUUCAGUAAAGUGCUUAGUUCCUUGGUGGCACUAAAUAAAGUGACAGCAGAUAUUGGUUUAGGAAGUGAUUCUGUGUGUGCAAGGCCGUCAUCUCACCGGAUAAAGUCUUUUGAUUCCUUGGGAUCCCAGUCUUUACACAGUAGAACUUCAAAACUUUUCCAAGGCCAGUAUAGAAGUCUGGAUAUGACAGAUAACAGCAACUACCAACAAGUGGUAAGAGCUAAAUUUAAUUUUCAACAGACAAAUGAAGAUGAACUUUCUUUUACAAAAGGAGAUAUUAUCCAUGUUACAAGAGUAGAAGAAGGAGGCUGGUGGGAAGGAACUCACAAUGGCAAAACAGGAUGGUUUCCCAGCAAUUAUGUGCGAGAAGUAAAAUCCAGUGAAAAACCUGUCUCUCCUAAAUCAGGAAGCUUGAAAAGUCCUCCAAAAGGGUUUGAUACAACUGCUAUUAGCAAAAGCUAUUACAAUGUGGUGCUACAGAAUAUUCUGGAAACAGAAAAUGAAUAUGCUAAGGAAUUGCAGACGAUGCUUUCUAGUUAUCUACGACCCUUACAAACUAGUGAAAAAUUAAAUUCUGCAGAUACUUCAUAUUUAAUGGGAAACCUAGAAGAAAUUAGUUCUUUUCAACAAAUGCUUGUACAGUCUUUAGAAGAAUGCACUAAAUUGCCUGAAGCCCAGCAGAGGGUUGGGGGUUGCUUUCUAAAUCUCAUGCCACAAAUGAAAAACCUAUACCUUAUGUAUUGUGCCAAUCACCCAUCAGCAGUAACUGUUCUUACAGAACACAGUGAAGAGUUAGGAGAAUUCAUGGAGCUAAAAGGAGCCAACAGUCCUGGGAUUCUUGUACUGACCACAGGCCUGAGCAAACCUUUUAUGCGUCUAGAUAAAUAUCCCACAUUACUCAAAGAGCUUGAAAGACACAUGGAGGAUUAUCAUCCUGACCGACCAGACAUUCAGAAAUCCAUGACAGCUUUCAAAAAUCUUUCUGCACAGUGCCAAGAAGUACGGAAAAGAAAAGAACUUGAACUCCAGAUAUUAACUGAAGCCAUCCGGUGCUGGGAAGGAGAAGACAUUAAAACAUUAGGAACUGUAAUUUACAUGUCACAAGUCAUGAUUCAGUGUGCUGGCAGUGAGGAAAAGAAUGAAAGAUACCUUCUUCUCUUUCCUAACAUUUUGCUGAUGUUGUCUGCCAGCCCAAGGAUGAGUGGCUUUAUCUACCAGGGAAAGCUUCCAUUAACAGGGAUGACCAUCACAAAACUAGAAGAUAGUGAAAAUCACAGAAACUCGUUUGAAAUAUCAGGCAAUAUGAUAGAGCGGAUAUUGGUAUCUUGUAAUAAUCAACAAGAUUUGCAUGAGUGGGUAGAUCAUCUGCAGAAACAAACCAAAGUAACAACUGUUGGGACUCCUGCAAUUAAACCUCAUUCUGUUCCUUCUCAUACGCUUCCAUCUCAUCCUGUAACACCAUCUAGCAAGCAUGCAGAUAGCAAGCAAAUGCCGAUGACUCCUGUCUAUCAUACCCUUCCACACCCUUCACAUCAUGGGACACCUCACACCACUAUAAACUGGGGACCACUGGAGCCACCUAAAACUUCUAAGCCAUGGAGUUUGAGCUGUUUACGACCUGCACCUCCAUUAAGGCCUUCAGCAGCACUCUGUUAUAAAGAGGAUCUCAGCAAAAGUCCGAAAACCAUGAAAAAACUGUUGCCUAAGCGAAAACCAGAACGGAAACCAUCAGAAGAAGAAUUUGCUCUGAGAAAAAGUACAGCAGCAUUAGAAGAAGAUGCUCAGAUUCUAAAAGUCAUUGAAGCUUAUUGCACAAGUGCCAAAACACGUCAAACAUUAAACUCAACAUGGCAAGGCACUGACCUGAUGCAUAAUCACGUCUUGGCUGAUGAUGACCAAUCCAGUCUAGAUUCCUUGGGUCGUCGCAGUAGUCUUUCUCGUUUGGAGCCUUCCGACCUCUCUGAAGACUCUGACUAUGACAGUAUAUGGACAGCUCAUAGUUACAGAAUGGGCUCUACAUCUCGUAAGAGCUGUUGCUCCUAUAUCUCUCACCAGAACUAAUGCACUUCUGAGCUUUUCUUAACAAAUGCUUGUUGUAUCACAGCUUGCUUUUCUUAGAUGUUUUCUUGAAGUUCUUUGUCUCUUUUAAUGUGAUAUUUUAACAAUCUUUUGGAGAAACUUCUGACUUCAGCCACAUCUUCUACAUUUAUGGUAUCUUUUUAUAUUAAGAUUCAAGUAUUGGUAUGUAGCUAUGAAUGGUUUACUCUUUUUAAGAUUUCAGUAUAGCUACAGCAGUUCUCCCCCCCCCCCACUCUGAUUCUUGCAAUAUACUAUAUGCUUGUAUCUUAAAACAGUACUUGUGCCAUUCACAUGAAAAUUAUUAAGCCUUACAGUGUUUAGGUUCAUACAUAUUUUAAACAAAACAAAUAACUUAAGAAUAAACGAACCAUAGUAGCUAAAAAAACCUCCCACCACAGAAACCAAAACUGCCAGAAAUGAGAACAUCAUAUUUUGAUGUUUGUGAUAAAUGUCUAAGUUAUUUUUUUAAACAACAAGCUAUUAGUAUAUUAAUUAGUAUAUUACUAAUUAAUACUGCCUCAUUCUACCUACAUUUCUUAAAUUUUGGAAGAAUCAAAAACUGAGCAAGUGAAUUAAGCAUGGAAAGCUUCAGGACUUCAAAGCACUGUUCUGAGAGCAAGUUGAGAUUUGCUAUGAGUUUUGCUAAGGUAAAGAAAGGAUACAUUCAAGAAAUUGUGCAGCCAGCUCAACAUAAAACAAUGCACUAGAAUAUUUGCAAGUUUCUCUGAGCUGCAAUAGUACAUUGAACAGUAGCUGGCAUGUUAAAUAUAGAUUUUAUGACAUAAGUGUACAAUAAUAAUUCAUAGGUCACUUACUGUAUUGUACUACAGGAGAUAGGCCAAUUUCUGUCUAAAGAUAAGCAAGUUCCUUGAGGGGGAAAAGAAAGUUCCAACCAUCCAGAUUUUGGAAGUGCCAAAGUCAUAUGUUCCUACUGGCAAUUUAUGCCCAUUCUGAUAAAAUUGAACAGUAGGGGUAUAUUUUCGUAGUUUGCUUUGUCAUUGAAAUGUAAAUAAAACUGUAUUAAUUUCUCUAUAAGCACACUUUUAAAAGCCAUCCAAAUUUCCAUCAGUAAUACUCUUGCAAAGUUUUGCAAUGUUUUCUGUGUUUAGCUCAUUAACAAGAGGUCUUAAUAUUUCAUAAGAGGUCUGCUGUAUAAAAUCAUUGCCAGAAUUUAUUUUAGAAAAGAAAGCAGUCUUAAUAGUAUCUCAAUUGGUACAAAAUAUCUUCAAAACAUUAUUUUUUAAGAGUAUUGAAUUUAUCAAAUCACUUUUUCAGUUCAGCAAUUUAAGUUACUACUUAAACAAAUUUAAUUAAAUAGACCAAUUGUUGCUGUUGGUACACCCCAGAGUACCACAGAUCACGAACCUAUAAAUAUGCACACAAUUUGUACUGCUUGGAGAUUGGAUAGUACAUUGGUUAAUAGAAGCAGGUAUUUGAGCUGCUACACAGAGAAAGUAAAUGUAAAAUUAUUGGACUUUAAUUCUACAUAAAACAUUUCAUAAAUACAUGUUUUUAAAUAAAAGCCUGAGGUAACAUAUUUACCUGCUAGCCAUGAAAUAAUCGAUGGGUUAGUGAAUUGGGAACCUAGGCACAAAAUGUCAUUUUGUGCUACAUUGCUGACCUAAAUAAUUAUCACUGCCUCCAAAAUGGCUUAAUAACUGAACUGAAACACUGUGCAGCCCAAAGGAAGCUAAGAGCAGAUUAAGUUACUGUAACCCACAGAGAUGAAUCAACAAUAGCAGUCCUUAGAGGCGUUGGCUUCUGUUCUGCAAAGCUCCAAUUAAUGUGGCAUUAAAUUAUUAUGAAUCUUCCAGUAACAUUGGGAUUAGGGUUCUAUUAGGAAAUGAGAUUCUUAAUCCUUUCCAUUGGGCCUACUUUCCUUUUCAAACACAGUAUCUUUCCAUUACGAACACCUGAAAAGAAGCAAUUUGAGUGUGAAAAUGACUGAGCGAAGGAGUUAAUGGCCUCCCUUGCUGUUUUCCUGCUCAGAUGUAUCCUUCCUUGCUGCUUUUCAUACAUACAAAAAGUUAGGAAAUUAUAUGCUUUUGCUGUGUAAAAUCUAGUUUCUGCUGUGAAAACACAGUGAUAUGGGAACGUUUGUGUAUGCCAUGUGGGUGAACGCUUUGUAAGCUUCAUUAAACACGAUAUAUUUUCAAAGUUUAAUAAAAGUUUAAUAUUAUUCAUAUUGUUUUUUAAUUAAAAUGAAUUAAAAAUACAAUAUGAGUAAGGCUGAACUAUAGGUCAAUGCUGUCAUUAAUCAAAAGUGUUUUGGUUUUGAAAGUAUUUUUUUUACAAUUGGUAAAAUCUAUUGUUUUUAUGAUGUAUUACAAAUUUGAAUUACUGUGGCUGCUCUAAAGCUUUGUAUUCUUUUUCAGAAUGUUUAUUCAAAAUGUUCAAAUUCUGAUCAUUUCCCACGAUUAAUUCUCACAACUGUGAACUAUGGGGAUGGGAUCUUUACAAUAUUUUUUUUUUUAGUGUAACUAUAUUGUUAAAAGUUCCCUAUUGAUGUUUUUGCUGUUGGAGAGCUGCUGGCUGUUUUGAUGGAUUUGAAGUUCUAAUGCAACAGCAUUAAAAAAAAAACGUUAUAGUGUUAACAUUGUUGUACUGUAUUCAGCCCAAAUUUUGAGUUGUUAUUUUUAUGGAACCUGUAUGAUAAUACUGAGUACUUUAUGUUAUGGAAUGUACAGUCAGUAUUAUAAUGAAUGAGUUAAGAAUUAGAAAGUAAGUGUGAACCGUUGUGGGUCCUUUUCACAUGGCUUAAAUGGUAUUGUCAUUCAAUUUGUAUUUACUAUGAUGAUUCUAAUCUAUAUUAAUUUUGUGUUUUCUAUCAUCUUGCCAAAACACAAUAUAUUGUGUACAUAGUGAUAUAAAAAUAUAUGUAUAUAUAAAGAGAGAGAGAGACUUUGCAUUUUAAUUGUGAAUGGAAAAGUAAGUUAUAGACUUUUGAAAGCAAAUAUAGAUGUAUAUCUGAACGUGCAUUGUAUUGUACAGUUUGUAUUUAACUGUGUGUGGUGACUUAUAACAGCUGAAGUGUUUGACUCUUUUUUUAAAGUAUUUGUUAUGUACAUUUUAAUACAUUUUGUAUUUACUAGUUUAUGCUUUUAUUGAAGUUAUUAUGCCAAAAAAAGAAGAAAGAAAUAAGAAAAAGCAGACUGGUGUAAAAUAUUGUUUUCUUAAAAUAAUCUUUUGAAGGUGACCAGAAUGGAAACCAAAAAUAAAAUAAUUAAUUUAGGACCUGAGUAUAUCUGAAUAGCUGCUUUCUGUAUUUUGAGGAAUUAUUUCAUGUGGAAACAGAUUUUUGUUAGAUUUCAGACUUUUAGCUUACUGAAAAUCUGCUUUUUACAUAAUUAAUUUCUAAUAUUAUAGAGAAGAAUCUCAUUGAUUUCAUUGAAAUGCAUUAGCAAAACAAGGUAAAUCUUCCCAAUUCUGCCCCUCUCCCCUAGAACUUGCAAAGUGAACAACUUCCACUGUAUUUUUUUUAUCAUUUGGUCCAAAUUAUAAAACUAAUUGUGGUUGAUUUAACCAGGUUAGUGAAAUCAAGCCUUGAUAAGCUGAUUUUAUUUGCUUCUUUCUUUCUUAACAGUUACAAUGAAUUACAGCUCAUCUAUGUUCAGAUGAAAUUGUUGAGUUUGAAAAAGAAAAGAUGGGCAUGCCACUAGAAAAAAGCUAGUCUUUUUUGUAAGUCCAAACAAGUGCAUUGAACAUCUCAUAUGGAAGACUUUUGACAUGGGUCAGUUCUUAAAAGUGGGAGACACUUAUAUGGUAUCCAGGGAAUAUAUAUUUUCUGACAGUUAUUUCAGUAGUUUAUUAAAGGGGGAAACAGAACUGCAUUCACAGUACAGUUUCAGAUGAAAAGAGGGAAGAUUUGUUUAUAUGCUAAUGCCAACAUGGCACCUCUGAGAAAUUGGAUUGAGGCUUGUUCACAAAAGGGCUCUUUAAUAGUUGUAAUAUUAUCAGCAUGCUACCUAGAUUUGUAAAGUAAUUACUAACUGUAUCAUUGUUCUUAAACAUUUUAUUUGUGUGAACCAGGGUAACUGCCCAAGAUUCAGAUAUGCAGACAUUCAGUUAUGCUGAGGUGUUGGCAACCCCUCUAUACUAAUACAAUUUGCCUUGUUUGUUUGUUUGUUUUAAAAAAAACAUUUUUUAUUUAGUUUUGAACAAAAACAAACA